AUGUUUGCUAGCAUUGGCGGUAACUGUAUUAGCUAUCUAGCUAGCCUGCCUGUUAUUAGCAAAAUUGGGUUAACUAAACAGCCCGCGAGAAGCUAAGGGUGUAUUCAUUAGUUGGAUUCCGUUGCAAAACGUUUCGCAACGAAACCGUCUAAGCGUUUACUCUAGGAACUAAACGGAAGCAUACAUCGCAAACAGGGAGGGACCGACCUGAAUUUGUCCAAUACAAACUCGUUUAAAUUGCAAAACGUUUUCCGUUUGGAGUAGGCCUAGUACAGGACAGGUUUGAGCCAUAUUAACGUACAAGCUGUAACUAUAAAUGGGGUCUCUUGUUCAUUCAUGUCCAGUCUUCAGAUGGUAAUAAUGGCCAGAGCCAAGCACCUCCUUUUGCUGGUGUCCCACCCUCAGGCAUGCCACCGCCUUUUGUAAGUUGGUGUUGGAAAACACCCGUAUCUUCUAUGUGUUCCCAAUGGCAUCUCAAAAUGGGGUCACAUUGAGUGUGUUGAAUCUCACAGCAUGUCAUUCUUUUUUUCACCUGUCUAGAUGGGACCACCUGGAAUGCCGCCUCAUUACCCACCAAUGGGAAUUCCACCCAUGGGACAGAGGCCUCCCAACAUGGCUCCCAUGCCGCCUGGCAUGAUGCCACCUGGCAUGAUGCCACCUAUGGGAGGGCCACCGAUGGGACAGGUGAGCCGACUAUCAAGCUUUAAGAUGUCAUGAUCACUUGUCGUCCCAAAACAUGGGCCACACCCUUAAAGAUCAAUCAUUUGGAAUUUGUUGGAAUUUUCCAGUUUAGCUCUCAACAACCUAGUACACCAAUGCGUAGCCUCUUAUAGUGAUUAGAUUUUAAUUAAACGUAGGCCUAUUGAAUUUUGCUGGAGACCUAGGAAGUACAAUGUUGGAGUUGGACCAGAAGCUUAGCUUUGGGUGACUCUUUAGAGUGUGUAGCGAUGUUAUUUAAGUACCACUACCUUUUCCCAAGAGUCGGUACAAAAAUAUUCCAAUCACUUGGGUUGUACUAUUUGCUGCCAGCAUACACUAACACUCUCCUCCUUAUGUAUCUGGACAGUGAUGCAAAAUUGUAAAAUUUGGCUCUAUACUCCAGCAUUUUGGAUUUAAGGGCCCAGUUCAGUAAAAAACGUGAUUUUCUUGUGUUUUAUAUAUACUUCCAAAAGAAGGUUGGAAUAAUACUGUGACAUUGUGAUAAUGGCAGAGAGGUUCGGAACUCUCUUAUUGGUCUAUUAACUUAUUUAGGCUGAAAUUUCAAGCAGCCUUUUUAAACAGCUCUUACACUAAAAGAGCAUUAUCAUAAUUUUCACAAUUUCAUAGUAUUAUUCCAACCUUAUAGUGUGGAAAUAUAUAUAAAACACAGGACAAUCACAUUUUUGAUUGCACUGGGCUUUUAAGAAAAAUCAUGAGUGAAAAAUCAUUGAAAAUGAUGAGUGAGAAAGUUAGAGGCUACAACAAAACAUGCUAACCUCUCACCAUUAACAUUUUCGUCAUUUAGCAGACGCUCUUAUCCAGAGCGACUUACAAAUUGGUGCAUUCACCUUAUGAUAGCCAGUGGGAUAACCACUUUACAAUAUAUAUAUUUUUUUUGGGGUGGGGUAAUGGGCGAGGUUAGCAUUUUUUUGAGGGGGGUAUGAUCUUUGCCCCUUUAACUUCCUCACUCAUCAUUCAUGAUUAUCCAUAAUCAUGGUAGCAUCCACAUUGAUGUAGAAGUGUUCACAAACAUCUCUUUUUACUAAAAGUGAGUCAAAAAUGACUACAUUAUUCACCAUUCACUUCCUAUUGGGCAAAAGUCUAGAGCCCUGGUAUGCCUCAAAUAAAAGGUGACAUUCUGUACUGUCGCCUCAUAUGAAACAUUUGAUCUCAAAUCCAAAAUGCUGGAGUAUAGAGCCAAAUUCCAAAUGUUAGCGUCACUGUCCAAAUACAUACGGAGGGGAGUGUGUGAUCUCAUUAUCCAAAUGAAAAAGGUGUGAUCCUAGAUGUGUGUGAUCCAGCUGCCUGCCUGAGAAACGGGGCUCAGGUGGCGGCGAGGAGCUGCAGAUUGGAGCGUCACUGCUUCACAGAUCACAAGCUGUGGCUCCGUUCGCACUGUAUAAGACUCAGUCAGUCGCUCUCACCCUGCCACGGCUGCUCUCACUGUGUAUUAAUACCCAGUGUGCCAGGCGGGCGGGAGGGAGGGGGCUUAACGGGUCCGAUUAAUAUUUCAUGAUGCUCUUUUAUUAGAUGCCAGGCAUGAUGCCACCUAUGAUGCCCGGGAUGAUGAUGCCCCCUCACAUGCCAGCUGCGGCGAUGCAGCCAACAGGACCGGUAAACUCACUCGCCUGCCUCCUCCACUGCCUCACUGUUGUGCUUUACACUUUUUUUAAAAAUAGAGCCCACAAGUUGUCAGGCGUGACACCAUUAGCUAACACGGCAAAGUGUAGGAACACUUACCAAUACAACUUGAACAUGUACAUCCCAUCUCCAUGAUAAUUAUACAUUUCUCAUUUUAAAAACUUAAUUAGCAACAUCUUUUCCUCAUAGAAAUGUACAGGUACAGUUGAUCUCUUACAGGGAUGCAAACUUGCCACUUUUUGGCGAUAUUCACCAUUUUGAUCUCAAAAUAGGUACUCCAUGUGAAUUGUGUAGAUCCGUAAAAAAGAGUUUGAGGUGGAGGUCUGACAGUGCGCAGACGCAGUGUAUCAUCUAUUGAGAGAUGAGUGCUUCAUCCAAUAUCAUGUGUGACAGCUGUGAGCAGCCAGCCGCAUCCCCUAACCAGCCAUUAGCCAACUCAGCAGCUUCUCUCCGUCCGUUCUUUCGGCGCAUCUCCAUCAGUUUUUAAAUGUUAUUUAGCCGUGAUGGAGAGCUGGGGUGUGCAGACAGUGAUGGGGUUUCUGUUACAGCCUGCAGCGCGAGCAAAGUGUAUACUUAGAUAUCUUUUAAUUUUGCCUGUAAUAACAAGCAGGCCAGUCAGACUUCGCUGUGACACAGCCUCUGAGUGCUACUGCCAUAGAGGAAAAACGGAGCAAAGUGACAGUCAGUCAUGCUUGCACCUUUUACACCACAGGUUACUAACCCAAACCCCAUUCUACUGUGAAUUGGCACACAUACUACAGUGCCUUGCAAAAGUAUUCAUCCCCUUUGCCGUUUUUCCUAUUUUGUUGUAUUACAACCUGUAAUUUAAAUGGACAUAUACAAAAUAGUCCAAAUUGGUCAAGUGAAAUGGAAAAAAAUAACUUGUUUCUAAAAAUUAAAUAACGGAAAAGUGGUGCGUGCAUAUGUAUUCACCCCCUUUGCUAUGAAGCCCCUAAAUAAGAUCUGGUGCAACCAAUUACCUUCAGAAGUCACAUAAUUAGUUAAAUAAAGUCCACCUGUGUGCAAUCUAAGUUUCACAUGAUCGCAGUAUAUAUACACCUGUUCUGAAAGGCCCCAUAGUCUGCAACACCACUAAGCAAGGGGCAUCACCAAGCAAGCGGUACCAUGAAGACCAAGGAGCUCUCCAAACAGGUCAGGGAUAAAGUUGUGGAGAAGUACAGAUCAGGGUUGGGUUAUAAAAAAAUAUCAGAAACUUUGAACAUCCCACGGAGCACCAUUAAAUCCAUUAUUUAAAAAUGGAAAGAAUAUGGCACCACAACAAACCUGCCAAGAGAGGGCUACCCACCAAAACUCACGGACCAGGCGAGGAGGGCAUUAAUCAGAGAGGCAACAAAGAGACCAAAGAUAGCCCUGAAGGAGCUGCAAAGCUCCACAGCGGAGAUUGGAGUAUCUGUCCAUAGGACCACUAAGACGUACACUCCACAGAGCUGGGCUUUACGGAAGAGUGGGCAGAAAAAAGCCAUUGCUUAAAGAAAAAAAUAAGCAAACAAGUUUGGUGUUCGCCAUAACCAUGUGGGAGACUCCCCAAACAUAUGGAAGAAGGUACUCUGGUCAGAUGAGACUAAAAUUUAGCUUUUUGGCCAUCAAGGAAAACGCUAUGUCUGGCGCAAACCCAACACCUCUCAUCACCCCGAGAACACCAUCCCAACAGUGAAGCGUGGUGGCAGCAUCAUGCUGUGGGGAUGUUUUUCAUCGGCAGGGACUGGGAAACUGGUCAGAAUUGAAGCAAUGAUGGAUGGCACUAAAUACAGAGAAAUCCGUGAGGGAAACCUGUUUGUCUUCCAGAGAUUUGAGACUGGGAUGGAGGUUCACCUUCCAGCAGGACAAUGACCCUAAGCAUACUGCUAAAGCAACACUCGAGUGGUUUAAGGGGAAACAUUUAAAUGUCUUGGAAUGGCCUAGUCAAAACCCAGACCUCAAUCCAAUUGAGAAUCUGUGGUAUGACUUAAAGAUUGCUGUACACCAGCGGAACCCAUCCAACUUGAAGGAGCUGGAGCAGUUUUGCCUUGAAGAAUGGGCAAAAAUCCCAGUGGCUAGAUGUGCCAAGCUUAUAGAGACAUACCCCAAGAGACUUGCAGCUGUAAUUGCUGCAAAAGGUGGCUCUACAAAGUAUUGACUUUGGGGGGGUCAAAAAUUGUACAUCUUCAAAGUGGUAGGCAUGUUGUGUAAAUCAAAUGAUACAAACCCCCAAAAAAUCUGUUUUUAAUGGCAACAAAAUAGGAAAAAUGCCAAGGAGGGGUGAAUACUUUCGCUAGCCACUGUAUAUAAUUUUAGAAACCAUGUCAUUGGGCCAUUUUAAACUACUCGUGGGCCGCAGGUUUUUGGUUUGAUAACAAUUCACCUUGUUUAGUCAUGUUACAUGGCUAGCUAGCUAACAACAUGGUACCCCUUGGCUAUGUACACGUUUGGAUGGCACACGGAGAAGGGAUAGAUAGCCUAAUGAAAGAGAUGCAUCAAAGGUAAGAUGAAUAUGCCUAAUAAAUGUAAUUUUAAGCUAAUUGAAAAAUCCAUCUCUUUUUCUGGUGUUUCUUAAAUUCAGUUUGGUGCCUGAGAGAGAGAGAAUUGUAUUUUCAGCUGUUUGAAGCUGGUGUACAAAACUGUAAGUAAAAAAAACACAAAAACAAGAUGAGCAUGAGAGAUCUAUAACUCACAUUUCUAUGUGAAUUUGGUCAUGUAGCUCUAAAAAGUUACGCAAAAUCUGCCAUUCUACCCUUGAGCAAGUCAGUUAACCCCCAACAACAACUGCUCCCCGGGUGCCGAUGACGUCGAUUAAGGUAGCCCCCUGCACCUCUGAUUCAGAGGGGUUGGGUUAAAUGCGGAAUAAACAUUUGAAUACAAUGAGUUGUGCAACUGUCUAGGUAUUCCCUUACCCAAAAUGUGUAGAAUUGCAGGAAAUUAGCUUUAAAACAGCUAACAUUGCCACCACUGCUGGAAAGAAAUCCUAGAGGAAACACUAAAGUGUGAAGUUAAAUUCAAUGUGUUGUAUUGAGUAGGGGUGUGAAUGUCAGGGACGGGUCCAUUUUGAGAUGCUGUAGCCAGUACACACGUCGUCAAAAUAGUCAGAAUUAAUCUAAAAUAACUUUUGAUGUUUUUGCCAUGGGGAUCUUAGUUGCGCAAUUUUACAUCUAACUAAGAUAUUUGGUGGAGUGUUUCUCAAUGAAAAGAUGUGCAUGAAAACGAGUCGUCUCUCGUUGAAUGACAACAAAGUCUGUGUGGAGCAGACACAGAGGCAGAGAGAACGUGUGAUCGUGAGGGAAAGAAAGCAGUUUCUUUGAGGUAUUUCUUCCUGAAAAUAAAUGAUCUAAAUCAGGGGUUUCACAAACUCGGUCUAGCACUACACAGUUGAUUCAAAUAAUCAAAGCUAGAUGAGUUGGUUAUUUGAAUCAGCUGUGUAGUGCUAGGGCAAAAUACUAAAUGUGCACCCGGGGGGGGGGGGGCAUAAAUAAGUAUGCCUUAUUUACAUUGAAGAACUACUAAAAUAGUGAUUUCGUCAGGCCACAUAGGCAGCAGCUCUAUAGAGAUGAGAUGAUGACUUGAAAUGAAAUAAAACAUAUGUAAUAUACACAACUGAAAUAUUUUAUUAAAGGAAACUAAUGUGAAUAAAUUAUGGUUAAGCAGUAAUGGGCAGACACUACCAUCAUGGGACUUUUAUUAAUUGUUUUAUUCUGUAUUACAGCAUUCAACCCACACAGUGCAUUUAAUGUAAAACCAUUUUUUGAAUAGAAACCGAAAACUGUGAUUAUGUAAGGGAUUCUGACAUUGAAUUCUACCGUGCUAAUAUGCUCUAGAAUGCCCUUCAAGCCAAUCAAAAACAAGUAUUCAACAAUGCCAAGGUAUAAUUUUUCAUAAUCUAACCGAAAUCAACCCGAUCUCAAAAAGCACUAAUCGCUCAGCACUAGAAAGUAUUCAACACCCUUGACUUUUUCCACAUUUUGUUGUUUUACAAAGUGGGAUUGAAAUUGAUUUAAAUCUACACAAAGUACUCUGUCAAAAUGGAAGAAAAUGUCUAACAUAAUUGUUUUAUUUUUAUAAUGUAUUGAUUAGAUAAAUAUUCAACCCCCUGAUUCAAUGUUAGAAUCACCUUUGGCAGCGAUUACAGCUGUGAGUGUUUUGUGGUAAGUCUCUAAGAGCUUUGCACACCUGGAUUGUACGAUAUUUGCCCAUUUAUUAUUUUAAAACUCUUCAAGCUCUGUCAAGUUGGUUGUUGAUCAUUGUUAGACAGCCAUUUUCAAGUCUUGCCAUAGAUUUUCAAGCCGAUUUUUAAGUCCGCUGUAACUAGGGCAUUCGGGAACGUUCAAUGUCGUCUUGGUAAGCGACGCCAGUGUGUAUUUGACCUUGUGUUUUUAGGUUAUUGUCCUGCUGAAAGGUUAAUUUGUCUUCUAGUGUCAUGUUAACCAUUGAUCCAGUAUCUGGGCAGAGGAGGAGACAAUGAAUAUGACUAGUCUCCUCUAGCCCAGUUAGCUACCAUUUAUUUUCCCAUUAGACAGCUCUGCAAGCAUUAUGUCAAAAUGUGUUCGUUACACACCAAAUAUGGAGUUUCGCUGAGCAACUAUCGUCAUUUACUGAUGUCACACCCGGUAUAUACUUCCAAAAAAGGUCCAAUAAAAUUUUACAAGCAACUGGGGGGGAAAAUGGUGUCUGGAAAGAAUCUAUGUAUUGUUUCUGACCAAGUGCGCAUGCGCCAAAUCCACCUCUUCGGCACCUCCAAUAAAUCAUUAAUUACUGCCACUCACAUGUCGGCUGAUCCAGCAGCAGUACAGUAUCCCAAAAGAGCACUGAUUUUAUCACCUACAACAAUGUAUGAACGUCAUAUCAACCUGUUUGACACGCGCUACAUGGAAGGUAAUAAUAUUUAAUGUAAGUAAACAAUAUAGGGUAUGUUUUUCCAGCGAUCUUUCUGAAGAGGUAGAUUUGGUGAUGCACAGUUGGUAAAAAACAAUACAUAGACAAGACAUUUUUUCUGUUGCUUGUAAAAAAUUAUUUGGACCUUUUUUGAAAGUACAUACUGGGCGAGACUAGGGCUGUGUCGGUCACAAAAUUUCGUCAAACGGUGAUUGUCAAGCAAAUAACUGUCAGUCUCAUGGUAAUUGACAAACACAUUUAGCAUCUCCUGGCUUCCACACACAGCCUACAAGACACUGAUGCAGACCUUUGGAACAUCUACAUUUUAAUAAGUCUAAUAAAUCCAUGUAAUAUAGCCUACACCUUCACAAUAAAUCCAUUAUUUAUUUUAGACAGGUCUAAAGAAGCAUGAUAUGAAGAAAAUGUAGUCUAUUUCAGAAGAACAGAAUAGCAUACUCUGAGUUGUCCUUAUGUCAGGCCCUGGUCUGUCUAUGCCAUAUGGAUGUGGGCUACACUAGUUCAUUUAGCAGACAAGAUUUACUUAGAAUUCCGUGACAUUAUUUUAUAUUAUUUUAUAGUAUGAAGAAUACAAUUGAACAUAGCGGAAUAAAAUAGAAAGGAUAUUUUCUCCAAACAAUUUGAGGGAGUGCGCACAUGCGGUUAUUCUAUGUUGAGCUGUUAACAAAGAAACAGGUACUCCUAUAUGCUUAAUUUAGAGUUAUUCAUGUAACUUUAGUUGUGAUACAAAUGUUGGGCUAUAUGUUUAGAUUUUAUAUACAUUGUAAGGCUGCAUGAUGCGACUCUAAUGAUGAUUUGAAAAAAGUUGCUUGAAAGGCAUGAGCUCUGCUUUGUUUUUUGUGCAGGCUGUACACAUUUCAUCAGUCUCUCAUUCACAAUUCGACAAGCACUUGAUAAUGCCUCGAAUUUCACGGCGGCAUCCCCUUUGUGUGGCCAUAAUGAAUCCUAAAAAAAUCCAUGCCUUUAGCAGCCAGUGGCCGUUGUGCCCUUGGCCCGGAGUGCUGCGUUGUGCCCUUCUCCCUGAGUGCCGCGUGCUCCGAACCACGUCUCACUCACAUGGCUCUCCAUCACGUGAUCUGGUCUUUCUCACAGGCUACAAGUGAAGACCGACACAUCGGGGACGCAACUGCGUGCGUCCUUAUCCAAUUCCGAGGUGCAUAUUGAAGAAAUUGGAAGAACUGUCCACAUUUACUUUUUGUCAGCCAACAAGAUGAGUAGGCCUAACGAACAGCAAAAGCACUAGCCUAUGUCAAUCUACUAUCCCCCAUUGUACAAAAGUUGACCUAUUCUGUGCGAGAAAUAAAUAUUCCAAACAUAGUCUGGGACAGUUGUGGGAUGCGAUAGAUCCCAAAUUAAUAUUAAGCACUAGCAUCCCAAAAACUUUUUUUACACAAUGUGGCUGAUGCAACAGAUCAGAACGUUUAGCUUAAAAUGUUGAUAAACUAUUAGUCUAUUUCUUCACAUUAUAAGCGCAGCAAUGCGUGCACGGCGGUAGGCUAUAAGCGCAAAUGUUCUAUUAGCGGGAAAACACCAUUAUCAAAAGUGACCACAAAUGCGAUUAUGCAUUUAAUGCUUUUAUUAUAAAGGUGCAUUUUUAUGGUGAGAAUUAUCUUCCCCAAACUCACGCGCUGCUUAUGUAUGCCAGUUAGGCUCUACACCCCUUGUAAAGCGGAUUAAUGUGCUUAAUUUUAAGAAGUUAUUUGGCCACAUUAGUUGUGAUACAAACCUUAUGAAAACAUAUAGGCCUAUGGGCUAGGCUACAUGAGGUGUGCAACUAUGAUUUGAAAAAGUCGCAAAAAGGUAUUGAUUCUUGCCUUACGCUGGCCAUCAUUCACAAGUGAUAAUAUAUCAUUCACAAGUUAUAGGCUAAUAUUGUCACCCAUCAGACUAUUCUUGAUUUAAUCUUGUCUUUACAUAUACUAAAUAAUAUAUGUGUGAACUUUUGUUUUGAAUUAGAAUGGACCAUUAUCAUGCACCUAUCUCGAAGCAGGGGCAGGGUAAAAAUGUCAUCUAUGCACUUAAAUAGCGAAUGGGGCGGCAGGUAGCUUAGUGGUAAAGAGCGUUGUGCCAGUAACCGAAAGGUCGCUGGUUCUAAUCCCCGAGCCGACUAAGUGAAAAAUCUGUCUGUGCCCUUGAGCAAGGCACUUAACCCUAAUUGCUCCUGUAAGUCGCUCUGGAUAAGAGUGUCUGCUAAAUGACUAAAAUGUAAAUGUAAAUGUUUUCCCGUGGUUCAUUUUCAUGCCAGCCAGGUAGGCUAUACUCCUGUUGUAAAGAUAAGCAAUGUGCUUAAUAUUAGGAAAGUUGAAAAAUAAAUAUAGUAGGCUUAGCCAAUAGAAAGCUGAUGGGAUCCUCCUCUAUUUAGUAGAGGCCAUCACUCUGUUUUCUCACGCAAUUGCAUAGCCUAUAUAAAUGUUGCGCAACAUGAGCACAUGUGCUCUCAUGAAGUGUUUGAUUCAAUUUUCGAUUACAUUUGUAUUGAUGUCAGAGUGAUUAGAGGGACAAUAGAGUGCUGAGUACCAGGCAGUUAGCAAGUUUGGUAGGCUACUAAUGACCAUCAGCAGCAUCAGAGCUUGGAGAAGCCUAAUUACCGUGACUAAACAGUCACAUGGAAUUUGACUGCCUUCAUGACUCAUGACCGCCGGUGUGGCGGUGAUACGGUCACCGCAACAGCCCUAGGCGUGACAGCAGUAAAUGACGAUAGUUGCUCAGGGAAACUCCAUAUUUUGUGAGAAACUAACAUAUUUUGACAUAACGCUUGCAGAGCUAUCUAAUCAAACCCGUUAUCAAAGUUGACAAGAUAUCAUACCCGUUCACAGGGUUGGUUAACUCUGGAGAUUCCUUUGGUGUCUAGAGAGUUAAGCAAAUCAGCCUUUUAAUUUCCUUGCACAAAAAAAUCCACUUUGACAUUGAGGUAGAUCAGUGACACAAUCUCAAUUUAAUCCACUUUAAAUUCAGGCUGUAACACAACAAUGUGGAAAAAAUCAAGGGGGUUGAAUACUUUCUGAAGGCACUGUAUAUGUCAGUUUGCUUUGGAUAAAUGCUAUCUAUAGUAGAGUGGAGUAGCUCAAAUGAAUACAAUUUGUGUCUCAGUAGACAUUCAAAGUGCUUCGGGGAUAAGAUCAUUUCAAUCUUAAAUUGGAGAAAAGUCAAAGAAAAACCUUUUUUUUUUCUUUUUUUUGUCACUUAAAACAUCUUGUUAAAUGGAGCAUCACAUCCUUACACUUCAGGUUUUUCCCUCAAGCAAAUGAUUGAGUGAUUUAUGGAAGCUACAUUUCAGUCUGUGUUUUGCUUUUGACAGCAGCCAGCUGUUUAACUCUAUGCACUAAGAGCUGCAAGCUGUCAAAUAAACCUUCCACCUGUCAACUCGGAUGUAUCAAGACCACAGAGAUUUUUGUCUUUGUGUUAGACGCUCGAGGGUACAAGCUUGUGUUGUGUUAAUGAAGCAAAUUCAGGUCAUAAUCAUUUUGUUAACUAAUAAAAAUAUAUCUUCCACAGCCUGGAGUGGACACAACUGGUAAGGCUUUGAAUCAAUCUAUUCUUUAAAUUUAGAGAGAGCUUUUAUUUUUGUCGUCCGAGUGAUUUGAUGAAUUCUAAUUAUUACAUUGUUUUUUUUUUAUAGUCACUGCUGUGCCUGGAACAGUUGUAAGUACAGCCUAAUUUCUGUGGAUAAGUUAAUUUAAUUUCAUGUAAUGAUCUAUAGCAGUAUCUAAAUGACCGACCCUGCUAUGUGUAAUGUUCAACAGGGUACCACAAAUGGCACGCCACAGGAUGACCAACCGAAGAAGGUUAGUGAACAUUUUGAAGUGGAAGCCUUUACUCUUCCUAACCGCAGAUGGACCAUUGUUUUCUGUCCAAAGAUAUAGCCUUAAUUGAAUUUUGUUAUAGCCUUCCAGCCAUCGAUGGAGAUUUUUUUUGUUGAUUAAAUACUGCUUGGUUAAUGGUUUGAAAUAUAAUACUUUCCUUGCAAAUGUAGAAUUUGUAUCACAGAGCCAUUCAUUUACCUGUUGCAAGGGUGUUGUCGAGUGGUGAAGGCAAAGUGUUAUUGUCAUCCUCAGAAGUCUCUGUGGACAGAACACAAGUCUCUGGAUGGGAAGACCUACUACUACAACACAGAGACCAAACAGUCUUCUUGGGAGAAGCCUGACGACCUGAAAUCUCCUGCAGAAGUAAGGCCUUACAAACUGAACCCCCGUCCCCAUCCCUCCCCCCACACACGCUAUGGCUGCAUCCUAAAUGUCACCCUGUUCCCUUCAUAGUUCACCACUUCCCUUCAUAGUGCACCCGUAGGGCUUGUAAAAAAUAAAACAUUUGUGCUAUGUAAGGAAUAGGGUACCAUUUGGAACGUAACUACUAUCCCUCCCCAACUAUCUUCUCAUUAACAGUAGAGGCCAUUCCCAGGCUCUCUAGCCACUGCCACCAUUUGUGGAGCGUGUCUAGACCAUACCUGGGUUCAAAUACAUGUGUAUUUGUUAUUUAAAUACUUUUUUCUGUGUAUUUUAGUAUUUUCAAAUACACAGCCCAAAGCAAGUACUUUUAUUUUAGUAUUUAAUGGUUAUUUGUAAAAACCUAAUUGUCAACCAAAUUGUUUUUGAAAGUAUUUUCAAAUACUGAAUGUCUGAAUACUUGUUUUGAAAUGUAUUGAAAAGUAAUUGAAAUACCUGAUAGUAUUUGAACCCAGGUCUGGUAGAGAGACACAAUUUUUGCUUUGUGCUUUGCAGCAAAUGCUGUCUAAAUGCCCAUGGAAGGAGUAUAAAUCGGACAAUGGCAAAGCGUACUACUACAACUCCCAGACUAAGGAGUCCCGGUGGACCAAACCCAAAGAGCUUGAAGAUCUGGAAGGUGAGCCUGUGCAUUAAUGAUCCUUUUAUAAUCUACUGUGAAGUGAUCUACCAGGGGUCGCAUUUACUCAUCCUUUAGACCAGUGUAAAUAGCAGGGGGUCGUCAGACAAAAACAGCUACUGGUAAUCAUAGAUCAGUCUCAUCCCUUUGCAUGAAUUCAUCUUUGCACUAUUCAUUCUUAGACAUGAAAUGUGUUCCUCAAAGUUUCCUGCGAGGCAUUGUUAACAGGUGUAUCUCCUCUCUUUUAGCCAUGAUAAAAGCAGAGGAGAAUGGGUAAGAGCUGCUUAUUAUUACCACUACUCUACAGUUUGCUUGUGCGGUAGGGUUGGGCGAUAUUACGAUAGCAUCAUAUAUCGACGAUGAUUGACAGCCAUCAUCGACGUGGACAACAUUGUGAUGUCACAAACGAUGGUUUAGCCUUUGAAUUUGAACGGAGUCGGGCAGCGCACAACAGCGCAACAUGCCAAAUGGCCUAUUCCCUAUUUGCCAUAGCCUACAAAAAAAAAUAUGUAUUCACUAACUGUAAGUCGCUCUGGAUAAGAGCGUCUGCUAAAUGACUAAAAUGUAAAUGUAAUAAUGCAAGAGAACAAUGUAGAUUGUAGACAACGGAGAGCACCAAAGCAGCGCAAAAUGUCAGAUAACGUGUUUUUUUUCCCCCUCUCCUCUCCAAUGUUGGAUGAUCAUGGGCCUUUUGCAGCGGACACUCCGUUGUCUGGCUUAUUGUUUAAAAAUCUUGAUUUCCCUUUUUCUCCCCAAUCCCCAUUCAAUUUGAAUGAUCAACCAUCGAAUGAAUCUAUAGGCCUAGCGGAGUUCUACAUCAGAAAGUUGUUUGCACAAUAGCCUAAAUAAAAACAUAGUAUAGUAAUAAUGAGAGAGAGAACAAACAAUUGCAAGAAAGAGUAAAUGAAUAGGAAGUUUAAACAAACCUGAUACGUUUCUGCUUUACUUGAUCAAAGUUUAGGCCAAGUAAAUUGUUCCGUUGGAAAAUCCAUCCUCGCAAACCAAACAACAUAGGCCUACUACUCAUACUGUCAAAGGUUGCAGUAAAUGUUACUUUGGUAUUUUAUUAGGAUCCCGAUUAGCUGUUGCGAUAGCAGCAGCCACUCUUCCUGGGGCCCACACAAAACCUAAAACAUGAAAUAAUACAGAACAUUAAUCUGCGAGAACAGCUCAAGUUUCGGAACUACAUAAAUGUAAAAUGUCACUACAUAUCAAUACAUACACACAAUAUCUAGGCCAAAUAGGGGAGUUGUGAGGUGUCGCUUUCUGUUUUUUUAAACCAGGUUUGCUUUUCUCUUGAGCAAUCUGAGAUGGAAGGGAGUUCCAUGCAGUCAUGGGUCUAUAUAAAACUGUAUGUUUUAUUCAAUUUGUCCUGGAUAUGGGGACUGUGGAAAGACCCCUGGUGGGGUAAGUGUGUCAGUGCUGUGUGUAAGUUCAUUAUCCAAACAAUUUGGAAUUUUCUACACAUUCAUAUUUAUUUAUAAAAAGAAGUGAUGCGGUCAGUUUCUCCUCUACUUUUAUCCAAGAGAGACUGGCAUGCAUAUUAUUGAUAUUAGCCCUCUGAUAACAGUGAAGAGAAAGACAUGCCACUUUGUUCUGGGCCAACUGCAGUUUUUCUAGGUCCUUCUUUGCAGCACCUGACUUCUACAAGUUACACUUAUGAAUUAAUAUUUAUAAUAUUGUCUAAGUGUUUAUUAAUGUCCUUGAAUUUGCUCAACGGGCAUUACACAAGCUCCCGCAGCAGUGCUUUCAAUAAGCGGGAAUACAAAAUAAAUGCAUUUUGAAUAGCUUACUAACAAAUUGUGCAUUAAUAUCAACGCCAACAACAAUCAGAUACAACAAAUGAUUGUAAAACUUUAUAAAACUUGAAAAAGGAAUGAACUUGGCUUAGGCCCAUUAUCCCUAUGUCUUUUAUAUCAAACUGUAAAAAUCCUAAAUAUUCAAGUUAUAAAAUAAGUAUGAAAAUAACCAAAUAGUGCAAAAAACAAACAGUGCAAAUAAGUAUUUCAAGGCUUGACAGAAUGUUUAUUUCGAAUAAGAUGCAUCUGGAUUUAAAAAUAGGCUAUAUUUAAAACUAAAUAAAAAGUACAAUGAGGAACCAUUAGGUCUAGUUGUUUUUUACCCUGUCGUAGACCUAUCUAAAGACUUGGGAGUAGAGUGACAAUAUUUCCUGCUGUACUGAAAACGCGUUCAGACGGAGUGCUUGUUGCACAGAUGCAUAUGUAUUUUGGGUGACGUUGGCCAUGACUGGAAAGCGACCCUCAUUUCCUCUCCACCAUUCUAGGUGGGUCAUCGUCUCCUCCGAUGGCAUCUUCAAUGAGGUAGGCUGGGUGCUCUGCUCUGGACCGCUGUUGCGACUUUCCUUUACCAAGGAAAACUAGUGUUUUAUUCUUAACAGGGAUUUAAUGAUAUUGUUUGUGGCUUUUGUAACAAUUUAAAUGAGAAGAAUUACAUAUAGCCUAGUUUAAGCACUUAAUCAUAACCAAUGUGUGACUACAGUCCAGAUAUUGCGUCCGUCCCGCGACUCGACCCCUCCGUCCGCCCGACCCACAGUUUAUAAGUUAACUAUCGAAGAUGUGCCAAAUAAAUUAUCUCCAGCUCAGGGCUCCAGCUAUGCAUUUGGUUUGCUAACUUGCUAGUUAAGUGGCUAGCUUGCAAGAUCAAACUUCUUGGUUACAGCAGAGACAAUCAAUCCCCCCCUGGAUCAAGAUCCCUGCUGCCUACAUAGUUUUUUUGGGGGGAAGGAAAUAGCGCCCCUUGUGUGCACUGCCUGUAAUACCGUAUACCCAAUAUGGUACAGGAACGGUAUGAACAUCUGGAUACCGCCCAACCCUACUCUACAGACUGUAUUACCUAAAGGAAAAAAUAUAUUUGUAGAUGACGGAACACAUUAACUUCAUCAAAUGAUCAGACAUCUCCUGUAAUCUUGGUCUAUUAUUUAUAGAUCUAUGAGAAUGGAAUGUCGUAAUUAUUGUGAUAUUGAAGAGGCACUCUCCUGUUGUUAUUACAAAGAGCAUCAUGGGGAAUGCGCUAUCAAGGUCCUCCGUCACUACUAACUGAACUGAUUGCAGGACAUCGGAGGUAGGCGCUCCUUGCACUGUUAUCGCCCCCACCCUUCAGCUCGACAGCGCUGCUGUCAUGGCGACCAUGAUGAUGGAAAUGCCGGUCAUGAUGCCGGCUACAACAGUUUCGGAGGAACAGAUGUCCCAGGUGCCCAUGCAUGUAGCUGAGGUCAGCGCUGACACGCCUGUCAACUCCACAGAAGACGCGGCCGUCAUGGAGGCCUCAGCCAGGUACUACAGCCCAUUUACCACCAGAGAGUAUAGAGACAGGCCCACAGCACAGGCUUACAAUGAACUCACCAGGAAUAUUACUCUACUGUAAUAAAGGCACCGACCCUAAUGUACAAACCUAUGGUAAACAUCAGCUUUUCCUGUCAGUGGGGCAACCUACAUUAUCAGAACACAUACCGUCAUUGCCAGGGGCUGGUCUAGUGGUAAUGUGCCACCCAUGGACCACAUAUGCCCUUGAAGUAAAGUUUCCCUUUUACUUAUCUCCCCAUCUCAUAUUCUAAUCCAAAUAUGCCAAUAAAACUUCAAAAUACCCAGAGCAAUGUAUCUCUAAAAAAAGAACACACACCAUCAGACUACCAAAAACCUUGGUGCUGUUUUAUCUGAGGACAUUAUUAAUAUAUUUUUCUUCCUUUCUCUCUUUCCUUUAGUAAUGACGCUUCAAAGGACGAGAGGCCAGAGCUGGUGAAGAAAACGUACAAGUGGAACACGAAAGAAGAGGCCAAGCAGGCCUUUAAAGAGCUCCUGAAGGAGAAGGUGAGGAUUCCAUAUGGGAUUUCAUUACUCUCUGGCUGCUCAGUCGGGACUCCUGCAUGAAUCAUCAGCAAUGUGUCAUCCCAAUGGUCAUUGGAAAUUAUAUAAUCUGAACAUUACAUCUCGCUCAUAAAGGCAAAGCACAGUCAUCAACCGUGUCAAUGAAGCCCCUGCAGCUUGUGCGAGCCGGAACGACUCAUAGGGCAGGAGCCUAUUUCCUGUUUCUGUAGUGUGAGGCAGCUUGAUGUACAAGUACACCCCCUGGACAGGACACUAGUCUAUCACAGGGCCUUACCCCCAAUCUAUCUCCUUAAUGCUGAGUGCUAAGCGGAGACGCAUCAGGUCCCAUUUUUACAGUCUUUGGUAUGACUAGGCCAGGGAUUGAACUCACAACCUUCCAAUCUUAGGGCGGACACUAACCACAAGGCCACUGAGUUGGUUGCAGCUCUCCUAGCUAGCCAUCAAACUGAAUCUCAACCACACACUUUUGUCUGAGAACCACUUUAAUCCGGUUUGAUAAUAAGGUGCUCGUAGCGCUGUAAUGACUCGACUGUAAUAAAGGUGGAGUGUCCUCCCACCUAAAGAUUGUUUACCAAUAUGGCCCUCCUGGACUCCACACUUAAUCCAUCUCACUCAUCGUGAGCACUCUCUGGUUUUAGCAUGAUUGCUAAUCCUCACCGCGCCUCCUGUUGCUGUGGCGGUGGAUGUGUUUAUUUUGACCAAGGAGGUGGCUCAGCACAGCUAUAUUUAGGUAUUUUUAAUUUGGCACACAAAGCUCCUCUGAGAUUGCGCUCACCGUUUCCCUGCGAGAUCUUAAUGGCUCUGUCUUUAUGAUUAGCGUUAUUGGAUGAAGGCACGGGUCCGGAUUAAGACAGCGGAGAGUGGCGUGCUCCACUGGGUUAGAAUAACUCUGGUUGUGUCUCAAAUAGCAGCCUAUUCCCUGUAUAGUGCACUACUUUUGACAAGUGCACUUUAUAGGGAAUAGGGUGCCAUUUGGGACUCAUACUGUGACAAGGCAAAUGCAUGCCCAGAAAUCAUCUGUUCAUAAUGGAUGAAUGAGUCGCUCUACUGGAGAAAGGUAGGCAAAAAGGCCACUUACAUAAGCUGUCUCUCUCUGGCAUUUCUUUAAAUUAUUGGUACUCAACCCCUCUUAACCCUGCAUCCUAUUAGUAAUUAAAGAUGCACUAUGCAGAAAUUGCUCUGCCAUUUCCUGGUUGCUAAAAUUCUAAUAGUAAGCCUAAUUUCAGUUAAUGUGACAAAACUAGCAAGUAUAGUGUAGAGAAUCAUUGUACGGUGAUCUAAUUCACUGUGAAAUAUAUUUUAUGCUGGUGUACAAAAGUAAAAGACUAAAAAACUAAACUUAAGAACUGGAAUCAUAGAAAUAACACACACAGAACAGACCUACCGCUUCUUAGACUUGCUUUCAAUGAGAAUGACAGAUCUAUAACUCAGAUUUCUAUGUGAAUUUGGUCGGCUCGCCCAAAAAGUUACAUAUUGCAGUUUUAAGAAAAUGUAUCGCCUUGGAUGGAACAAGCCAGAGAAUCUUAGCACCACUCCUUGUUGCAUCUUUCAGAUAGGCUACACAUGCAUACAUGUUCCCAUAAACGGCAGAACUGGUUCAAAUGUAUUUUAUUUUGUUCCUUAUUUUACCAGGUAAGUUGACCGAGAACACAUUCUCAUUUACAGCAACGACCUGGGGAAUAGUUGCAGGGGAGAGGAAGGGGGAUGAAUGAGCCAAUUGGAAGCUGGGGAUGAUUAGGUGGCCAUGAUGGUAUGAGGGCUAUAUUGGGAAUACAUGUGUAUUUGAGUAUCUGGUAUUUAAAAUACUUUUUGUGUAUUUAAGUAUUUUCAAAUACACAGCCCAAAACAAGUACUCUUAUUUGCACAUUUGAAUGGUUAUUUGUAAAAACCAAAUAGUCUGCCAAAUUGUAUUUCAAAUACACUGACUCAAAUACACACUCAAAAUGGCCAGAAACAAAUAACUUUCUUCUGAAACUCGUCAGUCUAUUCUUGUUCUGAGAAAUGAAGGCUAUUCAAUGCAAGAAAUUGCCAAGAAACUGAAGAUCUCGUACAACGCUGUGUACUACUCCCUUAACAGAACAGAACAAACUGGCUCUAACCAGAAUAGAGAGAAGUGGGAGGCCCCGGUGCACAACUGAGCAAGAGGACAAAUACAUUAGUGUCUAGUUUGAGAAACAGACGCCUCACAGGUCCUCAAAUGGCAGCUUCAUUAAAUAGUACCCGCAAAACACCAAUCUCAACGUCAACAGUGAAGAGGCGACUCCGGGAUACUGACCUUCUAGGCAGAGUUGCAAAGAAAAAGUCCAGUGUCUGUGUUAUUUUGCCCAUCUUAAUCUUUUCUUUUUAUUGGCCAGUCUGAGAUAUGGCUUUUUCUUUGCAACUCUGAAGGUCAGCAUCCCGGAGUCGCCUCUUCACUGUUGACGUUGAGACUGGUGUUUUGCGGGUACUAUUUAAUGAAGCUGCCAGUUGAGGACCUGUGAGGCGUCUGUUUCUCAAACUAGACACUAAUGUAUUUGUCCUCUUGCUCAGUUGUGUACCGGGGCCUCCCACUCCUCUUUCUAUUCUGGUUAGAGCCAGUUUGCGCUGAUCUGUGAAGGGAGUAGUACACAGCGUUGUACGAGAUCUUCAGUUUCUUGGCAAUUUCUCAAAUAGAAUAACCUUAAUUUCUCAGAACAAGAAUAGACUGACGAGUUUCAGAAGAAAGUUAUUUGUUUCUGGCCAUUUUGAGCCUGUAAUCGAACCCACAAUUGCUGAUGCUCCAGAUACUAAACUAGUCUCAAGAAGGCCAGUUUUAUUGUUUCUUUAAUCAGCACAACAGUUUUCAGCUGUGCUAACAUAAUUGCAAAAGGGUUUUCUAAUGAUCAAUUAGCCUUUUAAAAUGACAAACUUGGAUUGGCAAACACAACGUGCCAUUGGAACAAAGGACUGAUGGUUGCUGAUAAUGGGUCUCUGUAUGCCUAUGUAGAUAUUCCAUAAAAAAUCUGCCGUUUCCAGCUACAAUAGCCAUUUACAACAUUAACAAUGUCUACACUGUAUUUCUGAUCAAUUUGAUGUUAUUUUAAUGGACAAAAAAUUUGCUUUUCUUUCGAAAACAAGGACAUUUCGAAGUGACCCCAAACUUUUCAACGGUAGUGUAUGUGAAAGUAAUUGAGAUAUUUGAACCCAGGUCUGGUACACGAGUGCAUAAAUUCAAUAUGUAGGCUACUCCCAGCACAAUGUAUUGUUUACUGUUGAUGGAAAUGUAAGCUGACCUCAUACACAGCUUUGCUACAUAUGAGCUGUAAUGGAGAUUUAUACAGCUGGGUUGAUUUGAGUGUUGACUAGAGUACUCCAUAUAUGAAUCAAAUCUUAAUGCUUGAUAUCCUCUUUUCAAAUUUCAGGGCGUUUCAUCCAAUGCGUCUUGGGAACAAGCCAUGAAAAUGAUCAUCAAUGACCCACGCUACAGGUACCCACCCACCACCUUGGUUUUCUGAUUAUGCUAAUGUCGUACAUGAAUAUUAAAUUACUUUUCUAACCAGCUGUUUGAUGUUUAUUUUUUCUUCCCUUUUUUACAUUGAAGUGCCCUGCCCAAAUUAAGUGAAAAAAAGCAGGCCUUCAAUGCUUACAAGGUGCAGACAGAGAAAGAGGAGAAGGAGGAGGCCAGGCUCAAAUACAAGGAGUCCAAGGAAACAUAUCAGAGAUUUUUGGAAAAUCACGAGAAAAUGACAUCUACCACCAGAUACAAGUAAGUGCCUUUCUUGGCGAAGUCAAGUUGUGUCCGAAAUGGCACCCUAUUCCUUAUAAUAUAGUGCACUACUUUUGACCAGGGUCAGUAAGAAUAGGGUGCUAUUUAAGCCUCAGUCUCUAUACUCCUUUGUUUCUGUCAUUGAUAUGUGGUUCCUAGAGUUGCCAAUAUGUGGAACUAUUGAGAUUAUCAAUGAAACCACACAGACAUGAUCCGAGUGAGUUACUGGCUAAUGUGUGACCGGAGCCCCGACAAUAUGCCCCCGCUUAAUCAUUGACGCUGACCUUUCUGUGGUGUAGUGUUUGUGGUAAGUCCAUGGCCCAUAUCUAGCCAUACCAGAUGUAUUAUUUGCGGAUGAGUAGACCCUAAUAGUACACAUCCAGAAUAAAUCGCAGGCAGAUUGGUUUAUGAACUUCCCCCAACCCUAAAAUGAAACAUUGCUUUAUCAGAUAGAUUUAGCAUUUUGACUAACCCUGCAUGUGAAUCCACCAUAUUCAUUACCAUUUUACAUGUACAUUUAAGUCAUUUAGCAGACACUCUUAUCCAGAGCGACUUACAAAUUGGUGCAUUCAACUUAGGAUAGCCAGUGGGACAACCACCACUGGGGGAGGGGGGGUGUAGAAGGAUUACUGUUAUACUAUUCCAGGUAUUCCUUAAAGAGGUAGGUACCAUGCAGUCUCUCUCUGUCUCUCUCUCUCUCUGUGUUUCUGUCUGGGUGUGAACUGUAAAAGUCACUGACAUGGCUCAAGGGAAAGUGAUCGACUGGUGACCUUGACAACCAACCAGUUUGGAGGCCACUGUUGUCGUGGCGACUCCAUGUUGUGUGUGUGUGCUGGGCUAGCCUAGGAUGAACAGCUGGGGGGUGACAUCAAGGUUGUCUGACUCUGUCACGUUACACUCAUUCUAGAAAUACUACUUCUCCGCUGGCCUCACUGCUAGUAUGGAGUACAUGAACUUGAUUUGGUUUACCUACGUCAUGAGGUAUUUUAAACACAUGUUUCUUCUCAUGAACAUUGUAGGUACAUUUUUUCUGUCUUGUAAAAGUUCAAAGUGAAAUAGUCUUUCUUGGACAAUGUGCAAUUUUCUCAGUCGCAGCAGCAGUGCUUUGAGACGGGCGAGAUCAGGAGAAGUGAUUAUUAUAGCUUGUGUAAUGCUGCCCUCGUGUGGAGUAGUCAUUGCAUUUGGAUUCCCGAUUUUCAACUUAUUCCCUCUUGAUUCUGGGAAUUUCCAAAUGGGAUUUCAGGGAAUUUGGGGAAAGUUACUGGAUUUUCGCAACCAUCUUUGUCAUGCAUGUCAUGUUUUUUCAUGACCGUGGUUGUCUCUGUGAACCAGGAAAGCAGAGCAGAUGUUUGCAGAGUUGGACGUGUGGAGCACCGUCCCAGAGAGGGACAGACUGGAGAUCUAUGAAGAUGUCCUAUUCUACCUGGCCAAGAAGGAGAAGGUCCGUGUUACUGGGUGCCUCCCAAAUGGCACCCUAUUCCCUAUAUAAAUUAGUUUGAGUAAAAUAAUUGAUUGAAUCCUUUGCUGUCUGAAGAACACAGUAAUACUAUAAGGUUAUUAUGCAGAGUUGCAAAUUGCAGUACAUUUUACAACCCUACCAUUAUCUGUCAGUGUGUGGACCUCCGCCUAACUAACGUCUGUUCCAUCCUUGUCCUGUGUUUGUAUGUAUGUAUGUAUGUAUGUAUGUAUGUGUGGGUGUGUGGUAUAGGAGCAAGCCAAGCAGCUGAGGAAGAGGAACUGGGAGGCGCUGAAGAACAUCCUUGACAACAUGGCCAACGUGACCUACCGCACCACCUGGUCCGAGGCUCAGCAGUACCUACUGGACAACCCCACCUUCGCAGAGGACGAAGAGCUCCAGAGUACGCAGCACACUGUCAUUCAUACUGGUGUGCGUCCCAAAUGGAACUCUAUUCCCUACAUAGGGCACUACUUCUGAGCUGCACUCUAUAGGGCUCUGGUCAAAUGUAGUGCACUAUGUAGGGAAUAGGGUGCCAUUUGAGACACAACCUUACUCAGAGUGCUGCGUUCAUAUAACUAGAGCAGUAGAGCCGUUACAUGUGCGUCAUUAAGAAAGAAAGAUUCCGUCUGUGAGUUUGAAUAUGUGAACGACUGAACAGGCUGAUUAGCUGAAGUCGCUAACUGACUGCCCUGUACAGUCAGGUGCUGUGGUUUGCACCGGUGCAGCUGUGUGAGUAAAAUAGUGAUUCCAUUUUAUGUGAGUGCUCUGUUGACUCCCCCUCUCUCUUUCUGUCUCUCCGUCUCGCUCUUCUGGCUUUCUCUGUCUCUGAUCUCUCUCAUUUUCUCUCUCUGUGUCCUCUUAUCUCUCCUCUCUCCUAUCUCCAUGUUCGGCUCAGACAUGGACAAGGAGGACGCUCUGAUCUGUUUCGAGGAGCACAUCCGAGCGCUGGAGAAGGAGGAAGAGGACGAGAAGCAGAAGACUCUGCUGAGGGAGAGGAGGAGACAGCGCAAGAACAGAGAGUCCUUCCAGGUGAGAAAGCAGGUUGAGAGCUUCAAGUUCCUUGGUGUCCACAUCACCACAUCACCAACAAACUAUCAUGGUCCAAACACACCAAGACAGUCGUGAAGAGGGCACGACAAAGCCUAUUCCCCCUCAGGAGACUGAAAAGAUUUGGCAUGGGUCCUCAGAUCCUCAAAAAGUUAUACAGCUGCACCAUUGAGAGCAUCCUGACUGGUUGCAUCACCGCCUGGUAUGGCAACUGCUCGGCCUCCGACCGCAAGGCACUACAGAGUGUAGUGUGUAUGGCCCAGAGGAAGGCCCUAAAAAUUGCGAAAGACUCCGGCCACCCUAGUCAUAGACUGUUCUCUCUGCUACCGCACGGCAAGCGGUACAGGAGCGCCAAGUCUAGGUCCAAAAGGCUUCUUAACAGCUUCUACCCCCAAGCCAUAAGACUCCUGAACAGCUAAUGAAAUGGCUACCUGGACUAUUUGCGUUGUCUCCCCCACCCCCACCUACCCACAUGUACAUAUUACCUCAAUUACCCUGACUAACCUGUGCCCCAGCACAUUGACUCUGUACCGGUACCUCCUGUAUAUAGCCUCGCUACUGUUAUUUUACUGCUGCUCUUUAAUUAUUAUUAUAAUUUUUCUUUUUUACUUAUCUAUUUUUUACUUAAUACCUUUUUUUCUUAAAACUGCAUUGUUGGUUAAGGGCUUGUAAGUAAGCAUUUCACUGUAAGGUCUACACCUGUUGUAUUCGGCGGAUAUGACAAAUACAAUUUGAUUUGAUUUUGAAAGACUGGCAUACUCUACCCCACCGUCUAGCAUUUUGGAAACAUUGUGUAGACCGUAGACAAUCCUGAUACGAAAUGGCAAGUGCAAACCGAGCCCUUUGCUGUCAACCAGAGUCACACUCUCGGAGGGUGUCUCAGGGGCAGUAGGGAUAUGGGAAGAAAAACAUUUUCCAAUCACACAUGCGUAAAAUACACACUUGUACAUUUGUGAAAUAGGACAAAUAUAAGCACCCACCUCAAUAUUAUAUUAUUAUUAUUUUAUAUAUAUCACACACUACAAUAGAUACAGCAGAUUUUUAAAGGACCAGAUAUAUAUAUACAGUAGUUGUCUGCUUCAUGUUUUCUUUUUUAACCAUGACAACCCUAAGGGCAGCACGUAGCCUAGCGGUUAGAGCAUUGCUGGUUCGAAUCUCCGAGCCGACAUAAUUGCAGAUUUAGGCUGUGACCCCCCACUCUCCGAGGGUGUGGGAUAUGCAAAAAAACACAUUUCCAAGUCACACAUGCACAUAAAUUACACGUGUGUGUGUAAUAUGACAAAUAUAAGCACCCACCCCCAAAUUCUUUUUUGCAUAAAACUUACCCUAACCCAGACUAAAGAAAAAGCCAAAUGGACAGUCAGGAGUUUGACUGUAACACUGUGCUGGAAAAGUACAGGAAUAUAGGAGAGAAUGUUUGUGUGUAAAUCCCUCUUGGGGACAAGUGACAUUGGUCAUUUCAGUUGAUUUGCUGAGCUCAGCCUUGUUGUUUUCCCCAGAAAUUCCUGGAUGAGCUCCAUGACCAUGGUCAGCUCCACUCCAUGUCUGCCUGGAUGGAGAUGUACCCCGCCGUCAGCUCAGACAUCCGCUUCGCCAACAUGCUGGGCCAGCCAGGUACGACCACGCUCUCUGCAUGCGCACUCAUGCACUUGUACACACAUACUCAUGACACUCACUCACACGUUCUAAGCCACCGCGUUGAUAUUGUCAAAUCAUCCUAUUGUUCUGGUUCAUGGGCGAUGCCUUUUUAUAACUCUUUAGUGUUGUCAUAACCAUGUGUUGUCGGAGCACAUCUUGAAUAACAUGUGCAUGUUAGUUUAUGGUGUCUAUUCUGCAGGCUCCACUCCCCUCGAUCUGUUCAAGUUCUAUGUGGAAGACCUGAAGGCUCGCUACCAUGACGAGAAGAGGAUCAUUAAGGAUAUCCUGAAGGUAAGAGAUGUUACCUCCUGUGUUUACUGCCACAUAGUGAUCGAGACUCAAAUGGCACCCUAUUCCCUAUUUAGUGCACUACUUUUUACCUAUAUUUUGCAUUAUUUUUCCGGUUUAGUGCACUACUUUUGAGUAGCUAGAGUAGGGUGCCAUUUGGGACGCAUUUAAAUCUACUUUACAGUGUAGAUAUUGUCUAGUAACCACUUUGGAUUCAUGUGCAUUUCAUGAACUUUCUUUUUGUCACUUUGUUCCUCCCAUAGGACAAAAGCUUCUUGGUGGAAGUCAACACUAGCUUUGAAGACUUUGGCUCUGUGAUCAGCUCAGACAAGAGAGCCAUGACGCUGGACGCAGGCAACAUCAAGCUGGCCUUCAACAGUGUAAGAGCUCUGCCAUUUACACCCGGCCUGUGUCCCAAAUGGCUCCCUAUAUAGUUCACUACUUUUGACCAGAGCCCUAUGAGCCCUGGUCAAAAAGUAAUGCACUAAAUAGGGUCGCAAAUCAUUUCACUGACGAUCAGUGACCCCGCUGUGCCUCUAAUAACCACUGUGCCCUCCCUCUCGCCUCCUUUACCCCUGUAGUUGCUGGAGAAGGCAGAGGCUCGGGAGAGGGAGCGGGAGAAGGAGGAGGCCAGGAAGAUGAAGAGGAAAGAGGCUACCUUUAAGAGCAUGUUGAAGCAGGCCACCCCGGCCCUGGAACCAGAGGCCACCUGGGAGGGAGUAUGUGAUGAUAUUACCGUUACCUUAAACCACAGGUGUCAAACUCAUUCCACGGGUUUUCGCUCCUCCCAUGCACUUGAUUGAUGAAUUAAGGUCACUAAUUAGUAUAGAACGCCUCUCACCUGGUUGUCUAGGUCUUAAUUGAAAGGGAAAAAACUAAAACCUGCAGACACUUGGCCCUCCAUGGAAUGACUUUGACACCGCUGCCUUAAACACACACACACACACACGUAUUGGUGUUAUCAAGGGGCUACGGUCUGGCACAUUAUUUGAUAAUCAUGCAAAUUGUCGAAAGCAAACCAUUUAUUUUCUGACUUCCUAUGUACUCUUUGGUCGUCGUAGGUCCGAGAAAGGUUCCUCAAAGAAUCUGCGUUCGAAGACGUGACUCUGGAGUCUGAGAGGAAAAGGAUAUUCAAAGACUUCAUGCAUGUUUUGGAGGUAAGACACCUUUAACUCUGUUAACCUCUGUGGGGAAAAUGUAUCCAAGAAUGUCGGUGUGUGUAACCAUCCUGACAUACUGUACACCAACAGCACGAGUGUCAGCAUCAUCACGCCAAGACCAAGAAACAUUCCAAGAAGUCCAAGAAGCACCACAGGAAGCGCUCCCGCUCCCGGUCUCGAUCGCGAUCGGUCAGUAUGCCCUAUCACCGCACAGGCCAAGCCCCCCCCCCCCCCCCCCUCUGCUCCCUCUAUGGCCCAAUUCCAAAUCAACACAUAGACCCACCAUAUACACUUGUGGAGAGAUUUUGAUUUGUGACCAACUGUUUAUUUAUUUAGUCAUUUCUUUCAUGGGGUGGGGGGGGGGUAAAAUAUACAUUCAUAUAAUUACAUAUACAGUUUCCAUUCAUUUUCGAUUUGUUAUUUUCCACAUACUGUAUAUUUACUUGUGGGCUGCCACUCAAAAAGAACAAAAGUAAUAACAAAUAAAAAAAAGUUACAUAAAUACACUGUAGAUCUGCCCUCGGCUAGGUGGACGUUUCACCAUUAUACCAAUAAAGUUGUCUCGGAUCUCCACAAGUGCAUAGGCUGUAUGGGGGGGCGAUUUGGGAUGAGGCCAGUAUCUGUAUCAGCAUGACACCUGACCAGACAAACCUCCCUCCUAAUACUCACACACUUCUCUCUGCAGGGCUCGGAGUCUGAAGGUGAAGACGAUUAUCACACCAAGAAGAAGAAGCACUCACAGUCCAAGUCCCCGUCCGAGCGCUCCUCCAGCGGCGAAUCUGGUCAGUGCUUUUUCACAUUGACAAUCCUUAUACGUUUAUGCAUUUUCUCAUCACAAUUACAUGGAAGAAAUGUGAAGAAUUGUGUGGCGGCCAUUUUCUGACAUCCCUGUCUGUUUGGUCAACAGAGAGAAGUUAUAAGAAGUCCAAGAAGCACAAGAAGAAGGGGAAGAAGAGGCGUCACAAGUCGGUAGGUUCUCAGGACUGAACUAUAUUUUUGGAGGAAUGUUUGGGCCACUCGGGAAAGAAUGUGGUGCGCUAUGGCUGACCAUGUGCUGGUUAUUGUGACCUUUCAGCAAUCUCCUGAAUCCGAAGGCGAACGAAAAGAGAAAGGAAGAGAGAGGGACAGCAAGCGUGAGAAGGACCAGGAGAAAGAGAAAGAGAAUGACAAGUCCCGGGGGAAGAGUCGUUCUGACUCCAAGCAGAAGUCGCCUAAAAGGAAAUCUACCAAGGAGGAGGUGAGUCGUCCCAUUCCGGUCACUGAACCCAGCCUGGGCUUUUAA